AUGGCGAACGAAUCAGUGGAGGAGGAGGAUUUGAGUAAAGAAGUUGCUGUUUUCCUGGACAAAAAUGUAGGAGUAGAGAAGGAAACCACGUCUAAAAUUUAUUCUCUUCUUCAAGAUGCUUUAAUGAAAAAGAAAUGUCUCGAAACGGAGGUAUGUUACCCAACAAUUCGCUAAAUUGAAAGUAAACUUACGCUUACGUUUUUGGCUUCUAGCCUGGCAAUGCAUAUUUUCACGUGUUUAAGCGAUAUCGCUUUAAUUCAAACAGUCUAAAAAGGUGACCACAAGUUUUCUUUAUUUACUUUAGGUCUUAAUUUUCGUCAAAAAGUUUCACUCAGGGUAAAGCUAACUUAUUUGUUUUCUCACAAUAUGUAUUCUGGAGUAAAUCGAAACCCAAUAAAAUGAUGGCCACAUAUUUGCCAUGCUUAUCGUGUUCGAAGGUCAAAAAGUUAAUUAGUAGAGUGAUAUAGAUUCAAGACUGUUGUUUGUUUACGAAUUACGGGGUUAAAAAAGGUUUUUUCAAUAGUCCAUUAAUCUUUAUGAUCAACUGCGUUCAAAAUGAAGUUAAUAAUACAACACUAAUUAAUGAAAAUGAUAAUGAAAUAAGUCAAUUCACCUUCUGAGCGUCAGCUUUCGCCUGUAGUGUCACGUGACUUUCGAUGUAAACAAACUCCCAAAGUUUGGACAUUGGUUUCAUCCACAUGUACGAACUUUGAGUUGCUAUUUCAAGUUUCUGUUUAUAUAGCCGGUUUUUUCCAUGACCAAUAGUCUUUAAAAUUCGAAUAUCGAAUAGAACAUCCGUUCUUAACCACAUACUCUACGUGGUUGAACCACAAGUCAGUAUUUAAGUCUUUAAAAAUUGAACGGAACAUCCGUUUUUUAUUCUCCUUCUAAUAUAAUACUGUGCGAAGUACGAGUUCCCGUUCUGCUAAAUAUUUUCUCCGCUUUAAUUCCCCGAAACUAGAAGAUCAUCGGGGUCAAAAUGUCAGUGCAGAAGAACAGCAGCCCAUGAAUGUGACAGAACUUAAAAAAUAUUUACAGGAUCGCGGCGUUUUGUUGAGCGGAUAUUUAAAACCUUCGCUGGUGGAAAUCGCUUCUGCAGUCGAAUGAAUGGUUUUACCCGUUGACCCAAACUUUGAAAAAGAUGAAACAAAUGAUGCAGGUACAUUUAUAUCAUUCUUGAUAUGGUAAUUCCUGACCCAUUUCCCUGAAGACCGUGAACGACUUCAACUCUUUGCCACCAUUCAGGUUGUUCGAUAUUUUUAACCAUUUAAUCUACCACUCCACCGAUUACGAUAAACAGAGAAUCGCUGCUUAUGAGUCAUAUGAUGACUCUAGAUUAUUCAAUGACGGUUACAUGGAAUCUUUGCUUACUACUCAGUUAAAGCAAGAGGGAGUCCAUGUUUACGUAGCCAAAGUGAAGCCUUUCAUGAAGUUAAAGAGGGACGACAGAAAAGACUAUUCCGAUCUCUGGUUUAUUCUCGAGGGUAGAGGUGCGAACUGCGGCCGUGUACUCCAAGCACGAUGUAAGUGUAAAGGCGGUCGAGAUGGGGGAUGUAAGCAUAUUGCAGGUGCCAUGUAUGCUGUGGAGGAUUUGUUAAACACUCGUGGCAAAGAUAGUGUAACGAGUGGCCCAUGUUUUUGGGCUAAGAGGCAAGCAUGUGAAGUGAAAGAUCUUGUCAUUGAGAAAGGCAAAAAACCUUCCCAUGAAAAGAGAAAAUGCAAGCAAGUUUACUCUCAAAACAUUGAAAAAGAUGUCCGUGCCAAUCCACCAGAUGAGGAGUAUCUAUGAGAGUUUGCCAAACAAAUGUGCCACUUAAAAAAAUACACCUGAGAAAACCCCAGCUGAAAAUACCAAAAAGUUGGUAGAAGAAAGUGGUCUUGUGAAGUCAUGUCCACCUCCCACCCAGGAGGAAAGAGAACCACAAAGUGCCAGGGAGUGGGGGUUGUUACAUGAAGAGAGUGCUCACAAGGCAUAUCAGCGUGUUGCAAGCCACACUCCUCACAAGCUAAAGCUCAUCCCAAAAGGCUUUUUGAUCUCCCCGUCCAAGCUUUUCCUUGGUGCUAGUGUGGACAAUAUUCAGAAAUGUCAGUGCUCUGAUGGUUGCCCAGUAAGAGUGGUUGAAUACAAAUGACCUUGGAAACACAGGGAUCUGCACCCAAACCAAGCCUUCUUAACCCCAGAAAUUGGUGGUAUUCAAAAUGGAAAUAAGUUUGCUUUCAAAUGUAGUUUGAAUUACUACUUUCAAGUUCAGCUUCAAAUGUUUGUAAGCAGCCUCACCUUGUGCAUCUUUGUUGUGUGGACCAACAAGGGAAUCUUCACUGUUGAGGUACAAAUGUAUCCUGUGACCCAAGCUUCAUGUCUAUUGUCCAUGCAAAGCUGGAGAAGUUCUGGACAAGUCAGGUUUUUCCUUUCCUAAUAAGUGAAGUUUCCACGACAUCCUUUCCAGGUAAGUAGUUGUAAAGAUUUUAGUCCUAACUUAUUCCAUCUAACUUUAGUAAUUUCUUCAUUCAUUCUGAAGUUUUCUUGUAAUUUACGGUUCAUGCGUGAUCCCAUGCUCAGAAUGUUUUUUUGUUGUUUCUAUUUUUGGGGGGGCGGUCUCCCUGAGCAGAUUCAUCACAAGAAGCACUUUGCUCUUCCCAAGAUUCCAGCAUUUCAGAGCAAUACAUAAGCAGCUCUUCAAAGCAGCCCUGUAGGCACUCAGAAGCAAAUCUCAUGAUCAGUUCACGAGGUAAAAGCCCUGAGGCAGCUACUACUGGAACUUCACAAAGUCCCUUAUAUAUGAAUUUGUCCCUGUGCAGUACCCCUACCUCACCUUCAGAGAGUGUGGAUAUCUCUAGACUUCAAAUCUACAAGGAUUAUGUCCAAACUGUUCAACCAAAGUCCAUGAUCACUGAUACCAUAGUUUUGUUUUCGUCCAAGUAAGAAUUUUCUUCACAUAACUUUUAAUUAAGGUAUAAAUAAUUAAUGUAUUUGAGCCGCAUAACCUAUGCACGGCAUGAAAUAUUUCAAAUGACAAAUAGUAUUAUAAACAGAAAAACUGACAGACUUACCUUUUCUUUACUGGCAACAGCUGAUAUUGGAUCAGGAUACUCAUUUGUUGGGCCAUUUCUACCAACAAAGUGUAUACUGCAAAUGUAAGUAUCCUUCGCACAAAUGAAUGAGUCACCACGAUGACAUGCAGUAAUCCACCUUUGCUAUCUCUUAUUUUGUCUAACUGCGCCAGGAAAGUGGAAAAACUUAACUGGAUCACCAUUCGAAUUUCUUUUCCAAGACUGAGGGUAUUGGGAAUUGUCUCUACAAGUACCACAAGCACAUCGUUUUGUUGUAACCAUUGUUUAUAUAGCGUCAUAUUAGGGUCGGAACUUUCAGGUGUUUUUUCACCAAAAUAUGCGACUUGUGGUUCGACCACAUACAGUAGGUGGUAAGAAGGGAUCGGAUGUGCUACUCGAUAUUCAAAUUUUAAUGACUAUAGAUCAUGGAAAAAACCGGUUGUAUAAAUGGAAACUUGAAAUAGCGACUCGAAGUUUGUACACAUGGGUGAAACCAAUGCCAAACUUUGGGGGUUUGUUUACACCGAAAGUCAUGUGACACUACAAGCGAAAGCUGACUCUCAGAAGGUGAAUUACAUCUGCUUAUUGCAUUCCUUUGUACUUGACUUACUCCAAUAUGAAAUCUUAUAUUUCCUGCACAGUUUAAUAUGUAAUUAGAACUGUACAUAUUCCAUGGGAGAUUAGCAUUAUCUUGGUUUUUUAAACCAGCAGGGCUCUAAAUUGCGACUGAUACGGUCGCCAAUGCGACUAACAUUUUCUCCUUGGCGACUAAAAAUUCAAGUUUAGUCGCCAAAGUGGCGACCAGAUUUCUCUAUGAUUUAGAUUUAAAAUAAAAGAAUAAAGUUAAAACAAACAUUUCAUCUUAUCCUGCUUUGCUUUCAUCAUAAAACAUGUGCCAAAUCGCAUAAACAAAGCCAGUUUACCUCCAAAUUUAUACCGACUUCUGCCCACGAUAUUGUCAAAUCUGAUGGAUCGCACCAUACUAUGCAGGGCUUCUGAUAGGUCGCUUAAAAAAAGUCAAAUUUCACGGGAUUUUUAGGGGCAAAUUUGCGAAAAAAUUGACCGAUUUCGCAGGAAUUUUUGCGGGAAACUUAGCCGAAAAUCAGUCGGUCAAAAAAGGCCGAUUUUGUGGUUAUUUCCAGGAAAACUUCGUCAGGGAUCGAUCGGUUUUUGCGCUGAUCAGACCAGCGUUUUUAAUGUUGUUCUAACAGAGUCAUCAUUUGCUCUUUCAACAACAAUACGCUCCAGAACUGAACCAAUGGCAAAGCCUUUAACAUCAUGGCUAGUGCCCAGUUUUUCGCUACAUAAUCAACGCUUGGUAGUUCCGGAGUUACGGGACGUUGUUUGCACGUUUCAGUGACGAAGUUUCAAGAUAAAUUUACAAGUUUACGGCAAGUAAAUAGCCCCAAUAGCUGAGAAAAGUUUCAAAUAUGUUUUACAGACAUGUAUUUGAUAAGAUUUCAACCGAAUUUCACGGUAUUUUGCGUGUUUUUGUGAAUUUCACGGCUCUGCUACGGCGCAAAAUAUCAUAAGCCCUGACUACGAGCCGCGUCAUUUACCUUAUACGAACUGGCGACUAAAAAUUUGCAUCUGGCGACUAUAUUUCUCCAGUUGGUCGCCAAAAGGUGACCAGAGGAUUUUUUUAAUUUCGAGCCCUGACCAGGCAUGUCUUCAGUCAAGAUCAAGACCACUUUAAUUAAUGAGCAGUUUGAGAAUUGACACAAUAAUAUGUUAACCAGGAUACUGUCAAUCAUAUGAUUUAAUGGAGGACUUAUUCGAUCUUAACAUUUAAUCAUAAUUAAACUUAAAGCAAAUAAAUCUAAACUGAAAAUAAAUGGUACUGUAAACUGGAACAGAAAACUGACUGCGUACACUGAUUUACUGACUUUACUGAAUGUAACACUGGUAAAACUAGUUAGCUGAUUAAUGGAAAAUUAUUCAUAACAGAAAAAACCAAAUUAAAACAUUUACAGCGUAAACACUGAACUGAUGAGAAAACUCCUGUUAAAAGGAGCUGUCACCAAAACUAUAACUAUACACACGACAAUUGUAUACUAGCUAAAGUACAAAUUUAAAUUGUUUUUAAGCGUGCACUAAUUGGUGCAGACCAGUUCCGUUUCAUCGCUGUAAUCAAGAAUAAAAAUUAACUAAUUUUUACAAUGUGACCUCUUCUGAUUCAUCAAAAGAGCUUGUCAGUGUAAUCCAAUUCCCUGGAAAAAAGCAUUAUUAGUAAAUAAAACCAAUACUCCAGCACUUAAAGAUAUGUCCAUGCAAACAAAUAAGAAAUUCAAAAAACUUCUUGCACUAUAAUGAUAUCAUUUUCUUUGUCCUAUGCUUGUGAGUUAUUUUAAACUUGUGUGGCAUUUUUCUGACAUUUGAUGUUAUUUCUCGAUUUUUUUUGUUUGCUUUAUAUUUUUUACUUAAUAUUGUUUUUUAGUUGUGGCAGGCAGAGUGUCGCACCCCUGAGAAAAUUCAAGAUGUCCUUGAUAAGGGCUGCUCAGCAGUGAAGGAGAUCAAGAGUCUUCAUGAGCAGCACCAAGAGCUGACUGUUAAAGUUGAUAACCAUGUUCAAAAGCUUCAGCCUUUGGUUGAAAGGCUGUCUGGGUUAAUUACACAGAUUGCUGAGGUGGAAAGAUUUCGUGCUUAUGUAAGCUGGAUACAGAAGAUUAAAUCUGUAAGGUAUAGCAACUACAAAAAAUUUGCCAAGGCUAGCAACACUCAUAUCCUUAAAAGUAUUGCAGUCAAGAGGCCACAUCUUUUGAAAAUGCUAACCUUUGUUUUAUGCCAAUUAUUAUCUACUCAUCAUGAUUACCUACCUUAAAAUGCAGAUUGAAACUAGAGAUAUAGUAUAAGUUUUUUCUCAAGGCAAUUUGGUUAUGAUUUGUUGUUCUUGAAUGGUCACUGAACAUUUAAAGGGGCUAUGUCACUCCCGGCACAUGUGCAGGGCUUCUGAUAUUUCGCGGAAAAAAAAGCAAAAUUUCGCGGGAUUUUCAGGGGCAAAUUCGUGGAAAAAUCGGCCGACUUCGCGGGAUUUUUGUGGGAAAAAAGUCAAAAUUCGCGGCACAAUCGGCGGAUUUCGGGCGAUUUUCGAGGGAGAGAAGUCAAAAUUCACAGAAAAAUCAGCCCAUUUCGCGGGAUUUUAGCGGAAAAAAGUCAAUUUUCGAAGGAUUUUCAGGGGCAAAUUCUUAGGAAAAUCGGCCGAUUUCACGGGAAAUUUCGGAAGGAAACUUCGCCAAGAAACAAUCAGUAAAAAACAGCCGAUUUCGCUGGGAUUUUUUUGGCAAAUUUGGCUAAAAUCGAUCAAUUUUGCGUCGAUAUGACCAGCGUCGGUGAACGUUUUUGUAGCAGGGAUAAUCAUUUGCUCUUUCAACAACAGUUCGCACGAAAAAUGAGCGAAAUGUUAAAGCAAUUAACAUUAUGGUUAGUGCCCAGUUUUUCGCAACGUUCAUCUAAAAACGCCUGGUAGUUUUGGGACGUUGUUUACUCGUUGCAGUGACGAAGUUUCAAGCUAAAUUUGGACGUUUGGGGUGAAUAAAACCGGUCUAAUAGCCAAGAUAAGUAUUAAAUAUGCUUUGCCGAUAUGUAUUUGGAAAUAUUUCUGGCGGAUUUCGCGGUAUUUCGCGUUUUUUUGGGAAUUUCGCAGGAUUUCGCCGAAAUACCUGAAUUUCGCGGGUCCGCGACCGCGCGAAAUAUCAGAAGCCCUGGCAUGUACAAGCCAAUGAAAACAAACUUGAAAACAUAGGUCCAACAUUUUCAAGUUCUAACAGAGAUUUCCCUUUUUAUUCACAGACUGCUUACAAUGGAGUAGUAUACCAAUGAUAUACUUGGUUCUGUUUUUCUCGACAUUGCAGUGAUUCGGCACGAUCAAACAAUUUUGCACGCUCAAUGUGUGUUUCCCUAACAUCAAAACAAAGACAUCAAAAAUAGUGUCUCUUUUGUUCUGUCAGCAUCUAAAUUAUAAAAUCAUUAGUGACAGACAAGUCUAAUUGUUAAUGAUUUGAAACAUUCUUGGUCUUUAUCUUUGGUCUAGAGUCUUUUGUAGGUCAUUUAUAAAAUAAUACUUUGAUUUAUUUAGUUCACUACAACAAUAUGUUGUUGUUGAAUUUUUGUUUGCACUCUGUUUUUAUGAAUUGGAUACAUUUUUACUUCGAAACUACAAGUAAAAUUAUCUUAACACUGUUAUUCAUGACAAAGAAAUUGAGAAAACUUAAUCUAGCAUAACCAGAGAAGAAACGUUCUGUAAAUUUUAUCAAAAUUAAUAUCCCUUAUCCAAACGCAAUUCGCUUGUAAACGUCUCUGUAAAUUUGGGAGCCUUGGAUGUGACAGAGAAAGUCACGCGUUAAAAAUGAUAGAAUUUUGACAGUUGAAGUAAUUUGCAUAACCUCAGCACGCAUGCUCUCCAGCUGACAUAGCCCCCUUAAGUACACUUUUUCCUUGUCAACCUAUUCCCCAUAAAAACAGCUCAGUGAAGACUACAUGUAGUUGAUAUCACUCUGAUGGUGAAAAUAUCAGCAUUACAAUCAGCGUGCAGAGAAAGUCAUGUCCGAUAGCCCGGGACUAGUAGAUUUUGCUAUCGAGUUAGUGAAUUCUGUUCUUAACCCAUUCGCCCCUGAACCGCCCGUAACUGCCCGUGCGGAUCCAGGUCCUUUCUACCCUUUGUGACGUCAUCAGUUUUAACGGUCAAGGACAACUUUCUUCGCACACGUGUGCAGAGUGAAGAGAUCUUUCAAACCAUACCAGAAUGAGCACAAUUCAGUCAAGGACACCGGAGAAAGAAGCAAAAAACCACCUGACAAGGACCUGAAAAUCUCCAUGAAAAUCUUGUUCCAUUACCCACCUACCUUUCCUUGCACCUAAUCCUAAGAUCCUAAAAGCUUUCCUAAAAACUCUUCCCACCAAAAUGAAGCCUACUAAAUGCCCAGCAAGAGAAAAAAAAAAUGAGGCAAGAAAAGCGAAAAAAGAAGGGAGGAGAGAAAGCGAAAAGUAAAAGUCAAGACUGCUGUGUCACUUUUAAACCCAAAAACUAUCUCGAAAUUUUGCUUUCUGCGCAUGCCCGAACUUCGCAAGCUGAUGUUUUGCAUCUGGAUCAGAAGGCCGCCAAGUGUACGACCUGUAAACCGGUUUGUGGUAAGUUUUAGCUCUUUAUAGCACGACAGUGACCAGAAAACCACUCGACUAGCUUCAAAACGCGUUUUUCGGCAAAAUGUCCAGGAGCGAAUGGGUUAAGUUGCCCGAUGGGCAAUUAAAUUCACAUACAUGUACAGAAAAACUGUAAUCAAUCCGGUUCAUCAAAAUGACUCUAAUGGGCUAGUACAUGCCAACUGCAACUUGCCCGAAUGACAAGCUGUAAAACUGACUUUCUUUGCACCCUGCACAAUGGGUAUUUUUGAUGAGCGUGAGCAUUUCUUAAUGUUGAAAAAUAGUGUAUUUGGUAAGUACCAAGUCCACAUAGCAGUAGAGGGUGCAUGCAUGGCCCCUCCAAGUGUAAACCCUUUUCCUGAACUGUUGAUUUUGUGAAUGAGUUGAUGUAUUCAUGACUUUGUUUUCAGUUUUCAGCUUCAACAGUUUGUAGAAAGUGGUCAAUUAAACUGGGCUGUAGAACAGUUGACAGUGCUGUCUGAAUUAGCUAAACUUCUCAGUGACUCAAGAUGUUGUAACUUGACCAAGUUUGUGAAGGAGAUGCAUCUACAUUGGCAGAAGAUUCUCCUCAAUAAGUUAGCAAGGUAAAUCAGCGUCUGGAAUUAACUUUUCCAUUCCCAUGUUACAUAAGUGACCAGAUUAUCGGAGUCAGAAUGGUUUUAUUAGUUCUUCUGCUUCUGUUUGUGACUCUGACAACCUAGUUUUCACUUCAUUGUAAAUGAUGCCAGUCAUAAGCAGAAUCAGAACGCUGUUUUCACUAAGUCAUAAAGUUGUACACUUCUGAUUGUGACUCCGACUCUGACUCUGACUCCUUCCUAGUGAAAAUCAGCCGUUCAGGAGAGUUUUGUAAUCCAUAAGUAAUAACUCUAACUGGCACACCAUAAACCUUGGUUUCCUUUAAUUUCAGAAUUUUCUGGAACUGUUCCUGGUGAGAGUUUCAAAACUGUCUCCAAGCUGGACAAAAGAUUAAAAAAAUUAAUAGAAAAAGAAAUUAUUACAAUUAAUUAAUAAGUAAUAUUAUAAUAAUAUUGUGAGGAUGCAUAAGCUUCUGCUCAUGUCUCCCAUCUCUUGCUGUACAUGAUUGCUCUUUUGACUAAUUAAAUGGCUCAGUACAAUGAUCAUCCCUGUGAGAAAGAAGCUCCAAUUACUAACAUUUUUAUAUAAUUUUUUCCUUAGCAUUUCCUCUUAUGGGAGCUUAUACAUGUAUGUAGGCCACAAUGACAACUAGUCGGUAACAGGAAUAAAGUAAAUUUUAGUAAUGAACUUUUAUUCUCCCAUUGUAGUGAAUUUGAUGAUGUCAUGAAGGUUUUAAAGUGGCCUUUCACUUCAGUUUCGAAUGCACCUCCUUUGUCCACAACAUCUGAUGACUACAGCAGACUUGAAAAUGUAUUUGUCCUCCUGCUUAAACUGCAAGAAUUGUAUCCUUAUAUUCAGAUACUCAAUUUAUAAGAAUAAGUUUAUUCUGUUGAUUUUAUUGUUUUGAUUAGUGAAGGACAACUUUUACAAGUACAGAAUACUUUGUACAUUGAGGACAGUUUGGGAGUCAUGUAAAUUUUCUUCUGCAAAAACAGUUAUGGUUAAAAUAUGGUUUAUGGUUGAAGGCAUUUUUUUCAUUAUUAUUGUUACUGUUAUUUAUUAAACGGUUUUGUUUUUAUAAUGUUCUGUCUAAUACUGCCUUCAUACAUGUAUAUAAAGGUUUAGGCCUAAAUGAUGUUUAAGAGGAAUUAACAGUGCCAUUAAGGAUACAAGUAUUUACAUGCAUAAGCUGCUUAGUAUAGAAUAAUGAAAGGUUUGAACCCAGGAGUCGUUUCAUAGGUAGGUGGAGCAUGAUCAUCUGGUAAAAUUAGAAUUGAAUGAAAAAAUCCUUCAGCAAGGUUUCUUAGAGCAAAUUAAGCUUUGAAUUUUUCACACCAUCUGCAGCCAACUGACUGUCUUUAAAGUAGUCAUGUGAUGGACAUUAUUUUAUAUCAUCACAUAACACCAAGUGAUUAAAAAAUUUUGGACAGUUCAUUGCCCUAAUUUAUCUUUGUUUAAGGUUGGGUAAUGGGCAUCUCAUGUGGAUGGCCGUCUUGACUUUCCCAUGGUAUCCAGGUCAAAGGUUUUGAAUCCCCACCCCCCACCCCCGGCCACUCCCAUGGUGAGCAGGGUUGUCACUAAGUUUUCAAUUGCCUGGUAAAUACAACAAGUAGGCGGGGAAUCAAACAGCUAAUUGAUUUCCCUAUGAAAAAAGCCAAGGGGUACAUUCUUAGUAGCCAGGGCAAAUCCCUGGCCCCUGCCGCUUAAUGAUGCCCUGGUGGGUCUUGGACUGGUGUUCAUAGAUGGCAGAUGUUGUUUGUUUCUGGUGUUUGCCCAGUCUAUUUCUCAGUGCCCUAUAUGUUGCACCUAUCUGGUGCUUGCCACAGCUGUUAUAUGUUAUCAUAUACCAUGCAAGUCUCCUUCCUUUCUGGUGGGGGCUUGGGGGAGGGGUACUGACAAGACAAGAUGAGACAAGACAAUAUUUUGAUUCGGAGUCUUAUACCAGCAGGAACAUCAACAUUUUCCAAAUAAUUCACAAUUACAAUCAUAUACUAUGUAGUUGGUAAUUAUACUAUAUAUCAUAUUGGAGUGAUUCACUUGAAGUAACAAUGUUUUAAUGCUUGACAGCAUAUAUAUAUCCUUGUUAGUACGGAUUGGUUUGUUUUGUCCAAAUAUUAAAGCAUUAAUGCCAGUUUACAAGUGGAUUUGCACCUUACUCUGGGCAUCGUGGUAUCUAAAAUAAUGCUCUGCUCUUUGUAGAUGGGACGCAAUAAAUUAUUGAUCUCUUAUGAUGUAAGUCUUGGGUACUGGUAGAUGCAAAAUUAAGGUUACAGAUCCGCUUCUUAAUAGUCAAUUAGUUUCAAUAUCAAUAUUUAUUAGUUGUGUUAUAUUAGUGUUAGUCGUAUAUGUAUCCUCAAAUGUUGAUUAUCCUUAAUUGUUAACUUUCCUUUCUGAAACUUAAGUAACAAAACAUCGUCUGAAACUGCUGAGGAUAAAAGUGAAAUUUUGCUCCCAUUAGACUGGUUACUUAAGCCCUUCAGAAAGAGGUUCAACUUUCAUUUUUAUGGAAAUAAGCAAACAAAUAAUCUUGAAAAGGUAUGUAUUGUUUAUGGACCUUAUUUUAAUCAAGGAGUGCAUGUAAACUCAGGUGCAAAUUUCUACUUACAGCUUGAAAUAAAAACAGUUUAAUAAUAAUAUUUAUCUACGUAUGAACUAGGGGUUGUCCAAUUGCACAGCGUUCUGUUCAAAACCACCCAACAGGUGUAUGCAACAGUAUUUUUACACUUACAACAACAAUAAUCAUAAUAAUGAUGAUGAUGGUGAUGAUAAUGAUAACAGUAAUAAUGGAAACUUUAUUUGUGGUUUUUAAUGAUAAUAACAAUAAUAAUGAUAAUGAUGUGUUAACAGGGAGCUCACUUCACAAAAGUGAUAUUCUGCAAUGUCCCAUGAAAGCAAAGGAAAACUUUUAUAAACAACAACAAAAAAUAAACAUGUUAGAGGGAUUUAUGAGAAGUACUGUAACAACUACAAACAAACGUACAUUGUUUGUACUGUAACGUACAGUGUACCCAAGAAGUUAACAAGUUAUACAUAGCUAGGAAGCAAUACCUAGUUAUAGGUGGGACCUAAGUUUGAAUUCAGUGAUACCUAAUCUUAUGAAUGAUAUGUUUGAAUCUGUAAUAUAAUAUAAAUGGCCUGUAAUAUAAAUAAAUCAAGGAAAUAAUAAAAUAACAAAAUAAAUAACAAAAUUCAUGUUUGACAUUGUCUCAUAAAGUUCCUAUAUAGCAUACAUGUAGUUUACAUGCAGUUUUGUGUUUGAAGACAAUUCCCAAGUAAUUAUUAGCUUUGAACCCGUUUCUUGGAAGGCCUAGAAACUUUUUGGGCCUGGAAGCAAAUUUUAACAUCAAAAACCGCUGAAUAGUAGCACAGUUCCUAGCCAACAAACCAGUCAAUUUUGCUUUCUAAGCUGAUAUUAACUGAUAAACUGUUUUCAAAAUUAUUGAAACUUUGAUCUUGAAUGUAAACACAUCUUUUAUAUGAAUAAACUUUCCAGCCCCGAAAAAUUACCAUGACUUUUGAAAAACAGGUGCCAGGCCCCAGUUGUUGAAAAUGCGCAUAAUGCUAUCCACUGGAUAAAUUUCUAUCCAGUUGAUAGUGCAUUGGUUACCCAAAGUUCUGGCCCCGGUUGUUGAAAAGUUGGAUAGCGCUAUCCACCAGAUAAAUCGCUAUCCAGUGGACAAGUCUGAUUACGAAAACCGAUUGCGUUAUCCGCUGGAUAGUGAUUUAUCCCGUGGAUAGCAUUAUCCACCUUUUCAACAACUGGGCCCUGGAUAGUGAUUUAUCCAAUGGAUAGUGCUAUUCAACUUUUGAGCAACUGAGGCCAGGACUGCAAGGAGGAGUUUAUUUGUGAAGUUUUAGGGUAAUUUUGUUUUCUUGUUAGCCUGAAUGGUAUUUUACUCAAGUCCUGAAUUGGAUCAAGAAUCACAGUGAUUUUCUUCAGCACACAAUACAGCCCAUACUUGAAAGGACUGAAUUUGGAUCUAUAGAUGCAAAGGUGGGUUGUGCUUGAGUUGUUAAUACAUGUAGCUUGGUCUAACUUUUAACUAAUUUUCUAUUCACUCUUUCAUGUAUUUGUUUAUUCAUUCAUUUAUUUAUUUAUUUAGAAGCCUUUGCAUCAAAUAGUUGGAAUUAUACAAAAACAAUCGUCAUGUACCUGUAUGUACUUAACUGAUAAAAAUAUGAGUGAGAGAUACAUUUACAUUGACAAGCAUGAAGGCUCAAGCAGGCCAUUGUAAAAACCCAUACAGAUCAGAACUGGAUGUGAAUAUUUUAUCGUACAUGUACUUAACUUGUAAAAUUACAAAUGUAAACAAUCAGUAGAGAACUGUAUCAAAAUUUAAUGAAUACUGAUUAGCUGAGAGGGAAUAUCAGAAGUUAAUUCUACUGUUUAAUAAUCCAUCAGCCCUGUGGAUUUGUGUUGGGGUUUACAGAGCUGUACAUGUGACUCAAAUACGUUUACCGGUACUACCUAUUGAUCUGUCAUAAUGAUGUUGAUAAAUUUUGAAUUCAUUUUAUACUGACACUCCCUUAAAUUUUCUAAACAAUAAAUGACGAGAAAAAUAAGUGAUACAUCCACAGGUUAGUGUAAAAUGUCAUUUGAGGCUGGAGCAAAAUGUCUACAGAAUUUAGUUAGUUAAAAUAAGGAUUUUAAGGGGCAGGAUGACAAAGAUUUACUGCCACUGACAAUAAUCUAACAAAGUGUAGGUAUAAAGUGGAAAUCUUCCAAGGUGACUAAAUAUUGCUUAUUAAGUUACCGUGACCAGUUAGUAAAACUGUUGAGAAGUGCCUUUGGCUUGUAACGUUUGGCCUACUUUAAUCUAGGUUCAAGUUUAACAGAAUAUUUAUCUGGAUAAAAAUGUCUUGAAAACCAUUGUUUGAGAGUGAAUUUGCAGCCGUUUUGUUAGUGUAACUUCAUAUCAAUUCUAGUGUACUUCACAUUAAAGUUGUUCCUUAAUGAAAAAAAGAAAGGAUCAAGUCACACAAUGCUCAGUCCCCAGGGAUCAUUGUGUGACUCUGGCCCAAGUAGGUGCGAAAGAGACUAACUGAUUGCUUACCAUCUUUUUUUUUCUUUUUCAGACUGAAUUUAUUGCUGGAUUGUUAAAAGUUGUUGUGCAGAAAUUGGAACAUAGCAUUCCUCAAAUAAUAGAUGAUGACAUUUUAUUUUCCCAUUUUAUUGAUGAACUACUGUUAUUUAACAAAGAACUUGGUUUGGCUCAUAAUUAUCAUUCAACUGAACAUGGCUGUUUACAUGCGCUUACUACUGAUUCUUGUCUGGCAAGGUGGCUAGAGUUAGAAAGAAACUGUAAGUAGCUACUUGUAUAUACUAACAAUAAUUGGCAGUAGUGUCAGGAAUUGGCUGAGAUUUCUUUUGUCCACAUCUGAAAUAAUGUGGCGGUCAUGGUCGCUCACAAGACUUGGUCAUUUAAAAUGGCUUCUGAUUAUGGGGAUUUAAUGGGAAAACUUCUGGUGUUUUGGAUAGUUGGUCACUUUAUAGGGUGUGGUAGUUUAUAAGUGGUUAAAAACGAAAAUAAUGUAACUGUCAGGCCAAAAAGUAGUUGUGGUCGCUCACAAGGGGUGGUCCACCAGUCGUUUACAAGAGGUUGUGAUUGAUUAUAGGGAUUUGACUGGGAAAAGUUUGGUGUUUUGGAUAGAUGGUCGCUUUAUAGAGAGUGGUCGCAAGUGGAAGUUUAACUGUACACUGUAUUUCUUUCCUCUGAGCUAAACUUUCAGCAGUGUUUUGCCAGAGUUUAAGAAACUCAUUAAACAUGAUUUAUUUAUGUUCUUUCCAUUUUCUUUAUUAAAUAACAUUAAUUAGUAUGAAUUAUAAAAAGUGAAAUCCCUUUUGUUAUAUACAGCUCUAAUAUUCUAUAGAUAGCUGGAAUGUCAGGCUUUAAAAGCCGAACCUCAUGUACACAGUUUGAUAUUUUGAUUUCUAUAACAUUACUUCCUGCUUAAAAUUAAUACUGAAGCUACACCAGUAACAGUACAGGUUAACCUGUUUGCAAUGACUAGCACUUGUCACGAUACCUUGGAAACCCCUUAAUGUGACGACCAUUUGGCCAUAAAAUCCUCAUUGUAAUAAUAUGAAGGUGGUCACAUAAAAAUAUUAAAAUAAAUCAGUGUUUUAAUUUUUUGGAUCAAAAGAGCAUAGCAUUUAGUGAGGCGGUCGUACAAACGGGAUGGCUGUAAAGUGGGGUUCCACCAUUAAUACAGGGUUUGCAAUAGAAACCGGCAGCCAGUGAUUGAUCACCGCCUACUUUGGAAUUUGCAGCUGCUUACAUUGUACUUUGCAUUCGAUCAAGUCUUUUUUCUGAUUUUGAGUUUUCCUUGUCAUAUAUAUUUUACAAAAUAAUCAAAACAAUCAAGACCAAAAAAGUAAACUCAUUUGUGCUUCUGUACUUGACAACCUCCAUGUUUUCAACCGCGUAAACACCCGAGUAUGCGACAUUCACUUUGGCGCAGCCCUUCACAGUUUAAAAUGGUAAUGAGUUACUCAAUCCAGUCUUACGCAGUUUGCAAUAAUAACGGCGGCCUUAAUGGCCUCGAAAUUGCUUUUCAGAGCUUCCAUAUUUAAAAAUUUUCUUCCGAAAUACGCCUCAAACCCCUCACUGGUUUACCACAGCCCCUCCGUUUGUCACAGCCGCGAACUGAGGGCAGAUGCCUACUUCAAAUCCUUUUGAGAAACCUGCAUAAAUAAUUUAAGUUUUAUUUAUGUCUUUCAGAUGCUAUAUCAAACAUGGAAUCAGUAUUAGCUUCUUCAUCAGCUUGGAAACCUAAAUAUAAAGAAGUGGGGGAUGUAGAUGACACACGGACACCAGAGUGUGCUGAAAGCUUCAUGACUCUUCUGACGGUUAUAACAGGUAAUGUGACUGGGGACAUAGUUUGUACAAUACAAUACAAAUUUUAUUGUCAACUCCCCAUGAGGGCUUUUCAGAGACAAAUAUUAAUAGUGCAGGUAAUCAAAAAAUAAAAAAUAAAAAUAAAUAAUCAAGAAUUGUCAAUAAACAAUUAUUAAGAAACUAUUUGCAUAUAGAAUUUAUGACAUCACAAAUUGAUUAUCAAUAAAUUUUUAAGAAACUAUUUACAUAUAAAUUUAUGACAUUAAAAUUGAUUUAAAAGGAAUGCUUUCAUUUUACGUUGGAAAAUAAUAAGAGAUUCACUUAAUUUAAAAUGGGGUUUUAACGCAUUCCACAAAGUUACAGUUCUGUAAUAAAAAGAUCUCUGUCCCAACUUGGUUUUAAAAAGCGGCAUAUUAAGCUGGGAAGAUGAUCUGGUCGUCCGACCACUGAUAUUCCCUCUGGAGAUAAAAUUUGAACUGAGGUAGUUUGGUACCUGACCUGUCAUAGAUUUAAAGGCCAAGAUGGCGUCUCUUAGAUACAGGUGGGACUUAACUGGUAUCCAUCUUAGGUCUUUCAGGGCUGGAGAUACGUGAUCAAACUUCCUUGUCCCAGAAACUAUGCCAGCAGCGAAAUUCUGUACUCCUUGUAUUUUGCGUAUAUUGCUGGCAGAAGUAUUCGACCAGACGGACGAGCAGUAAUGCAGCUUACUAAACACAAGAGAAUGCUUUGUGAUGCUUUCUUUGUGAGAAGACUACAGGGAUUUUAAUAAGGAUAAGAAUCCCUAAGUCCGAUGAAAGGUUGGAAUGGAAGCUCUAGAGUAGCACUUGCAGUGCGGGGGUGGGGGGGGGGAGGGGGAAGGGGUGUGCAAUGUGCAAUGUUAGGAAGGGUGGUGUAUAGCAGCUCAGACCAAGGAUCAUCAUUUUGUUUCAAUACAGAUUAAAUAGUGUAUAAGGCAACGCACUUAUUAUUUCUGUGACGGGAUUUGCUGUUGAUAUUUGUACAUUCAUAACUCUACAACCGUGGUCAAAACUCUUGGGACGCUAGCGCAAUAGCUUGUCAAAAUGUCACAUUUUCCCUCCACCCUCCACCUGAUGCAUUGUUGACAUCAGUCUUUUUCAUUACGAUCAAAAUUGCUUGAGCGAGAAGACGAUAACAGAAAUAGGUUGUAACAACAACUUUCCUUGUAAGAAACGAGAGUUUAGAAAAAUCAACUAUUCAAAAAAGCGGAAUUCCACUGUAAGUCUGUUGAGCCUUAUACUCAGUGGCCAGUGGCCAAUAUGAAAAUUUGAGAGCAAUCCUAGACUUCAGUUUGUAAAAUACAUCAAGGUGAGCAGUAUCGUCCAUGCGGCACGAUGCAAGUAGCAUGCAACCUGCUUAGGAGGUUCCAUUUAAAUGGUGACAUCAUAGGAUUCCAUCCACAGACUCAGAUACCAGAACAACAUUUUCCUCUCCUUGUUGACCCCAGGAGAAGAAGGGUUGAAUACUCCCCCUCCCCCCCUCCAACCCACUGAGUCGUGGUGUACUUCUCUGAAAAUGGGCAAAUGAGGAACAAUCAUCGACUAUAAACGUAAUGAAUAAGAUAAUGUUUAUUCUUCCCUUUUGAUUUUUUCUUCUUCUUUCUCUUCUCACUAGAUCGGUAUAGAAAUUUACCCGGUGUUUCACAUCAGGAGCGAUUUUUAGAAGUUCAGCUCUUUCUUUUGGAGAGUUUUAUCUCCAGAUUGAGUCUUGAAGCAGAGGAGAGCUCUUUCGCACCAGCUGGUUUACAUUACUGCUCCGUAUUGAAUGCUUCUGAUUACAUCAAGCUUAUACUUCAGGAAUGGAGCGAGCAAAUGGUAUCUUGUUGUCAAUACAUUAUUACUGAAACACUGCUUUGAUUAUAAUAUUUUUAUUAAGUUUUUAUUUGAAUCCUGAGCUACAGCGCCUUACUACCAGUAGGAAGAUUUUGCAAAUUUUUUGGCAAAUUUUGAGCACCGUUGCAUGUUUUUUUUUAAUAUUCUAACUGUGAAUGUGUUUGAACAACCCAAAAAUAAAUAAGAUAGGACAAUAAUUGACACCUAAAGUCCAAGUUAAUAGUUUAUUUUUGGAGCACUCUUCUUGGAUUUCUUCCUAUCUUUUAAUUAUAGUUAUUGUUAAGACUGAUUAAAUGUUAAUGAUUUUUAAUGUUUUCAGCUCUUUCUUAGACUCAAUCAGCACCAUAAUCUAUCCAUGGACUCUUCAAAGUGUGCGAAAACUCUCAAUGCAGACUUAAAGGUUGAAGAAAAAGGUGAAAAUGAAGAAGAAGAGGGGGAUUCCCCAGUGACAGGAAGUGUAUUUGAUGGUGUGGUGCAGUCCCUGCAGGAUUUAAAAGAACAAAUGAUCAGAGUUAUCGUUGAUCAUAUUGUGCACGGGUUCCGGAUGUUAAGCAAACCUUAUAAGAAAGAAAAGUGAGUAGUAUUGUACAGUUUAAUCCAAUGAUAAUUAGUUGAGGAAUUUAAUCUGCCCAUGCAUCCUGUUACAGCUUGGUCGGCCUGCAUCAACUUUUUGUGGGUGCAACAAACUGACAAAAUUGUUAAAUAUAAAUGAGAUAAGCCUGAUAUAAACCGAUGUGGGUUUGGGUUUAUAUCAGGUAUAUUGCCACGUACUUGUCUUGAAUGUUUGACCAUUGGUGGCGAGUUGAUUGGUGGCGAGUCGACUUCUUGGUGGCGAUUAUGCUGGUUGCAAGGUGACCAGAUACCCCUAAACAAUGUUGCAGUGCGUGUUUCCUCGCUGCCGUAAAGUUAUCUUACUUGUUCGAUCAAAGGUCUACAGAUUUGUAGGUAGCGGGUUCAAUUCCCAGGGCUGAACAAACAUUCAUUCAGCAAGAAGGUACUGCUUUUGUCUGGUAAUGAUGAACUGUGGCGCAGAUGACCUCAUAGAAAUGGCGGUGUCGCUUCUAUUGGAGAUGGUAAAUAGUGCCUCAAAUCAGUACUUGCAUGUUAAAUACGUUCAUUGGCACUUUUUUUCUUUUUUAAAUAACCAUGUAGGUUUUUACAUGUAAAUAGGACUGUACUCAUGCAGAACUUUCACAAUAAUUUUGCGCCUAAGUGGAGCUUUGCACGGAUAUAAAGAUUGAUCCAUUUUUACUUUCACUGAAGUGUGAUAAUUUUACAUGUCUGUGGUCUGUUCCGCUAUCUUAGAAUGAGGGGAUGUCUUCAUCAGCUUUUAACAACAAUAAUUCAUUUGUUUCAUUUUAGGUGGCACGUAUUUCCUCAUCCAAAGGAUGUGCUUCUAUUAACUCUAUCCUCGUCAGCUUGUGAAAUGUUGCUUUUUGUGAAGGGAAGGUUUCAAAUUCUCCGAGAACAGCUGGCAAGUAGUAUCUUCAGUGUGGUAUGGAAACAACUUGCACAAGCACUAAACAAGUUUAUAUUUGAGGAGGUGAGAGAUAUGAACUGUUGCUACACCUAACAACUAGCAAACUUCAAUGUUGGACGUCAUCACUCCAGUGACUGUGAAAUAACCAUUGAGGCUGUAGAAAACCUUGUUGCGGUCCAAUCACGUGGCAAACUUUAGCUAUGCAGAAGACAGAUGUGUUUGGAGUUGUACUCUGUUAACUUGAACGGGAGACGGAAGAUGCAAAAACUGCCCUAAGCAUACCUUAGGGUACUUUAAAUCAAACGCAGAAGUAAAAGAAAAGAAGAUUUCUUUCCUGAAUCUGUUUUUGAAAUCCGUGUUGCAGAAGGAUUUAUGUAGAACAAAAUCCCUCUAGAAAGUCCUUCCCCGUUUGUUGUUCGGGAUGUAUUCUUGCAGUUCUUAGCAGCAUUUUGACCUGACACAUGUUGAAAUUGUUUUGUUUCACUCGGAUUCGGCGUGCAGGACUACAAUCAAUUGAAAUUCUCAACUUUUCACCCGAAUCAGUGCUUUGGAGUAGCAAAAAGCGAAUGUUAUUAUUUUCAUGAGCGUUAUUUGCAGUUGAAAAUUAUGUCUUCCUUACAGAUCAUUCUGCAGUGUCACUUUAAUGAAGGAGGGGCAGCCCAGUUACAGUUUGACUUGACAAAGAAUCUCUUUACGUUGUUUCUGGAAUACACCCAAAAACCAGAGAAUUUCUUCAAAGAGUAAGUACAGAAAUCAAGAAAUGAUCCCUCUGUUAACUUUCGCAAGACCAGUUAGCUUGGAACCAAAGUUGUGGACAGGGUUCUGAUCCUAGCUACUCGGUUUUAGAGUUUUUGAAGCUUCAGAAUUACAGUCUCAGUCAAAAUUGUUGGGACACUUUGAGGCCUUCUUGCCCUCCCAAUGUUGGUAUGUAAGAUUUGGUGCGAUGAACAACUGCGAUAAACAACAUUGGGAGGAGGAGGAGACGGGGCAGAAGUUAGAAAAACAUUGUUGGGUGGAAGUGUCCCAACUAUUUUUGUCUGAUGCUGUAGUUCUGAACCUAGUCUUGUCCAUACGACAGGGAGAGUAGGGAUUUCUCGCUUAACAACCUAUUCAAUUAGCUUUUUGUAUUAACUAACUCACUUGUCGCUUUUCGGUGUAAAUAACUCACUGCAGGUGUGUAAAUUUUUCUUUUUCUUCCUCAGGGUCAAAGAAGCUUGUGUCUUGUUAAAUCUUCUACCAGGCUCCGCUGUGCUAUUAAGAGACUUGCUUAAGUCUUCAGACAGUGCCAUCUGCGAAGGGGAAGACGUGCCUCCGUCCCGUGCUGCCUUGCAGGAUGCUGGGGUAUACAGAUUAACUCCUGAUGAAUCUCUGAAAGUUCUUAAUCUAAGAGUGCAUCUACCAAAUGUGUAAUUGGAUAACUGGUCUGUCAGGUGACACUUGGAUGAAUCCGGGAUUCAGAUUCACGUGUCUACUCAAUGUAAAAUAGGCCUCAAGUGAUGAGCAAGACUAAAGGAAAUAAGACGGGAAGAAAAAGUGGGCUGGAGUGAGAAUUCUGCUCCACCUGCUGGCGGCUUCCUCCUCUGUGGUUCUCUUACCCCAUGUGCUUGUUACUUCUUUCGCUUUCACAUCAUUUUUGAUUUUCCAUUUCUUGUGUUUUCUCUCACCUCUGCUACUUUUUCCCCUCUGCAGUAGUCUCUGACUUAUCGUGAGCCUCGUUCUACCUGCUUGUCUACCUUCCUUGUCUCUGCCCUCUUUCACACUUAUAAAGGCUGACGUCUUAACUAUGCCACCAUUUGAAAGCAAUUUAUUGUAAAGUCACAGUUCUAUGUGUGACUAUAAAAAUAUGGAAUUCUGUUAGAGGAAAACAUUGGAAAGGAAGAACAAAACAAAAUCAAGAGUCGAUCUGUAAAAUCCAACUUGCAAAAGGACUUGCAAUCAAUUAAAAGAAUAUUUUAACCACUUUUUUCAAUGUAUCGUACGUGAAUUUUCAGAUAGUGGACAAGUAAUAUUCCCUUGACAAGUGCUUGUAGCUGGGCUAUCAUCACUUGCAAUACUUCUGGUUUGACACGCAAUGUUUAUACCAUAUCGCAUAUAACAUGGAAAGUGAAUCAAAAUACAAAAGCAGAAGUCGACGGAGUUAAGGUUUUGAAUCUAGUGAUCGGUUUAGGAGUCCUUUAAAAUUGUGCAGUGACAAGUGUCGUACCUUGACAUCCCACCCCUCCCUAUAGGCACCAGAAUGGGUGGGGGUAGUAUGAUAGAGUUGCGGACAAAUACAGCAAAGCAGUGGACUUUCCUGGCGCGAAAUCAUUGUACAGUAUUUUUUGUCCAUCUGGAGUCGUUAAUUAAAAGUUAAUUCGUGGACAAUAAUUCUAACAAAUGACGUAAAGAACAGAAUUGUAUAAUAUCCUUAAACUAGCAUCAAUUCCCCAAGAACAUAUGUACAAUUUUUUCAGAGUUUUAAAUUUAUUUAUGCAAUACCA